CACCCUAGGUAAUUUAAGGCUUUGCAUGGAGUGAGAAGCUAUAAAAGGGUUAGAAGGUGAUCUUUUAGCUUUAUUGAUAAGAAAAAAAGGUGAAAAGGGAUAAGCUAGAGGAGACGAAGUUGUUUAUGUUCAUUUUUGUGGUGAAAAAGAUGGAUUGGUUCAUUAUAGGUUGUUCUUGUAUUUUGAUGGGAAUUAUUGCCUUUUGGCUUUACUUUUGGAAUAAGAAUAAGAAGGAAAAGAAGAGAGAGGAAAAUACGCCUAGAAUUCCUAAAGGGAAUUUGGGUUGGCCUCUUGUAGGAGAAACCAUUGACUUCAUUGCUUGUGGCUACACAUCUCAGCCUGUGAGCUUCAUGGAAAAACGCAGAUCUCUGUAUGGAAAGGUGUUCAAAACGAAUAUAUUAGGGACUCCCAUAAUUGUAUCUACAGAUGCGGACGUGAACAAGGUUGUGCUACAAAACCACGGCAACAUAUUCGUCCCCGCUUACCCAAAAUCCAUCACAGAGUUACUCGGCGAACAUUCUAUUCUCCAAACCAAUGGAAGCUUCCACAAAAGAGUUCAUGCUCUCAUUGGAAGCUUCCUAAGAACCCCACACUUCAAAGCCCGAAUCACCUCAGAUAUUGAGAACUCAGUCAAGCUUUCCUUGGCUCGUUGGAAAUGGAAUCACAUGCAGCUUGUUUACGUCCAAGACGAAGCCCAAAAGAUUGCAUUUGAAGUGCUGACUAAAGUGUUGAUGAGCGUUGAUCCCGGUGAAUAUUUGAACUCUCUAAAAACAGAUUUUGAAGAAUUCAUUAAAGGGUUAAUCUGCUUACCGAUUAAGCUUCCCGGAACUAGACUAUAUAAAUCUCUCAAGGCUAAGGAGAGGCUGUUGAAGAUUGUGGGAAGAAUAGUGGAGGAGAGAAAAUGGGGCAUGGAGAAUAAUAGUGGUAAUAGUAAUAAAGGCCCACCGAAUGAUGUGGUGGACGUGCUACUACAGGAAAGCAGCGACUCAAAGGAGACGCGACGAAUGCCGUUGGAUUUCAUCACCGGGAAUAUCAUCGAGAUGAUGAUCCCUGGAGAGGAGACAGUGCCAACGGCCAUGACCCUGGCUGUCAAAUACCUCAGUGACAACCCUGUCGUUCUACAAAAAUUAAGAGAGGAAAACAUGGAAUUGAAGAAGCAGAAGGUCAUUGGUUCCUCCACUAAUUGUACGUGGACUGACUACAUGUCCUUGCCAUUUACUCAGAAUGUGAUAAGUGAGACACUUAGAAUGGCAAAUAUCAUCAAUGGGGUUUGGAGAAAAGCUCUUAAAGAUGUAGAAAUCAAAGGUUAUUUGAUACCAAAAGAUUGGUGCGUUUUGGCAUCUUUUAUUUCUGUUCACAUGGCUGAAGAGAACUAUGAGAACCCAUAUGAGUUUGACCCAUGGAGAUGGGAGAAGACAGAAUUAGCUACUGUCUAUAGCAAUAGCUUUACACCAUUUGGUGGUGGACAACGGCUGUGCCCGGGGUUAGAGCUUUCUAGACUUGAAUUAGCAAUUUUCCUUCAUCAUCUUGUCACUAAUUAUAGAUGGAUUGCCGAGAAGGAUGAGAUUGUUCACUUUCCAACUGUCAAGAUGAAGAGGAAGCUGCCCAUUACAGUCACAUCAAUAAGCACUUGAAAAGUCAUUCAGUUGACCCAUCAUCCAAAACGUGUACAGCAUCAUGAUUAUCCUCAUUAUAUAAUUUUUGGUGGCGUUGCCCUGUAUAUAUACAUAGAUACAUACAUAUAUAUAUAUAUA